CCAGAAUUUGUAGUAUAUAUAAUUGGAUGAAAUCAAAUGCGAACCCCGCAAUCAGCCUACAAAUCUCUCUUUCACUUUAGCACCAAGUAAUUUUCAUGAUGGACCACCAAUUCACCUCCUUCCAAAUGCUUAUCACCUUUCUCUUGUUUAUCUUCAUGGUAUUGAAGAUAUGGAAGAAAUGUAACUCAACCACAAAUCUACCACCAGGACCAUGGAAACUUCCUGUUAUAGGAAGCAUUCACCAUCUACUUGACCCUCUAACUCAUCACCGUCUGAGAGACCUCGCCAAGAAAUAUGGCCCGAUUAUGCACCUUCAAGUUGGCGAAGUCACCACAAUUGUUAUGUCUUCUCCUGAAACUGCUAAACAGAUAAUGAAAACCCACGAUGCCAAUUUUGCUCAAAGACCCUUUAUUCUUGCAGUAGGAAUCGUAACUUAUGAUUUUAAAGACCUUGCAUUUGCACCCUAUGGAGAGUAUUGGAGACAGUUAAGAAAAAUUUCCACAAUGGAGCUUCUAAGUAUGAAACGAGUGCAGUCAUUCAGGUCAAUCAGGGAAGAAGAAGUAGCAAAGGCCAUUAAAUCCGUUAAUGCUUCUUGCAGUGCAGGAUCAGUACCGAUCAACUUUGGUAGGAUUGUCACUUAUUUAACUUAUGGUAUCAUUUCAAGAGCAGCUUUUGGCAAGGUAUGGAAGGGAGAAGAAGAACAAUUUGUACCUGCUAUUCAGAAACUGAUACAAGCAUCAAGUGGUUUCAAUCUCGCUGAUAUCUACCCUUCCAUCAAAUUUCUUCAUGUGAUAAGUGGUAUAAGGCCUAGACUAGAAAAGCUUCACAGGGGAAUAGAUGUUAUACUUGACGAUGUUCUGAAAGAGCAUAAAGCUAGAAACGCAGUGGCAAAGACUGAAGAAGAAGAAGAUUUUGUAGAUGUUUUAUUGAAUUUCCAGGAUAAAGGUCUUCAAUUCUCUUUAACCGACGACAGCAUUAAGGCAGUUAUCAUGGAUGUGUUUAGUGCUGGUAGCGAGACAUCGUCUACAACUGUAGAAUGGGCAAUGUCAGAACUGAUGAAAAACCCAAGAGUACUGGAAAAGGCACAGGCAGAAGUGAGGCAAGUAUUCUGUAGAAAAAGAAGCAUUAACGAAGAAAGCCUACAAGAACUGAACUACUUAAAGUUGGUUAUUAAAGAAACAUUGAGAUUACACCCUCCUGUCCCGCUCUUACUUCCUAGAGAAUGUAGAGAGGAUUGUGUAAUUAAUGGCUAUGACAUUCCUGCAAAAUCUAGAGUCAUGGUGAACGUAUGGGCAAUUGGAAGAGAUCCCAACUGGUGGAUUGAUGCUGAAAAGUUUUUUCCAGAGAGAUUUCUUGAUAAUGCUAUUGAUUACAAGGGAAAUAAUUUUGAAUUUCUCUCAUUUGGUGCUGGAAGAAGGAUGUGUCCAGGAAUGUCAUUUGGGGUAGCCAACGUUGAGCUUCCACUUGCAAUGUUGCUAUACCACUUUGAUUGGAAACUUCCAUACGGACUGAAGCCUGAAAAUCUUGACAUGAGUGAAUGUUUGGGAGCUGGAGUGAGAAAGAAAGAAGAACUCUGCUUAAUUCCCAUUCCCUACAUUCCACUACCUAUCAAUUAGUAAAAUCUCAAGAAGAUUAUCUUUAUAAGCUAUUACCAAAUAAAUGCAUUCCAUGUAUGUAAUGGAACCACUUGCUUGUCUUGUUAAUUGUUGUUUUGUUAUGAUCUGUAUUAUGUAUUUGUCGUUCUUUUGGAUAUUAAUACAAUGGGGUAAUAUCAAGUCAUUAAUUACCACAAGUAUAUUAUUAUAUCUUUCUUUAUUAAA